UUCACUUUAAGAGGCGGUCCUCCUCCUCUUCUUACUUCACCGCAUCUCCUGCUGCCUGAGGCUCAUUUCACCUCAGUAUCAGCAGCCAUGGCCGAGAUAAAAACGGGCAUCUUCGCUAAAAAUGUCCAGAAAAGGCUCAGCCGUGCUCAGGAAAAGGUGCUGCAGAAGCUGGGGAAGGCCGACGAGACGAAGGAUGAACAGUUUGAGCAGUGCGUCCUCAACUUCAAGAAGCAGGAGACCGAGGGGUUCCGGCUGCAGAGGGAAAUGAAGGCAUACCUGGCUGCAGUGAAAGGAAUGCAGCAGGCCUCCAUGAACCUGACAGAGUCAUUGCAUGAGGUCUACGAGCCAGACUGGCAUGGCAAGGACGACGUCAUGACCAUCGGGAAGAACUGUGACGCCCUCUGGGAGGAUUUCCACCAGAAGCUGGUGGACUCGUCGCUCAUCACCUUGGACACGUACCUCGCCCAAUUCCCUGACAUCAAAAACCGCGUGGCGAAGAGGAGCAGGAAGCUGAUAGAUUACGACAGCGCACGGCAUUAUGUAGAAUCCCUACAGGCGUCUGCCAUCAGGAACGAGCGCAAGGUGUCCAAGGCGGAAGAGGAGUUCCAGAAGGCGCAGAAGGUCUUCGACGAGCUCAACGUGGACCUGCAGGAGGAGCUGCCCUCGCUGUGGGACAGCCGAGUGGGUUUCUACGUCAACACGUUCAAGAACGUCACAAAUCUGGAGUCCAAGUUCCACAGAGAGAUAUCGAUGCUGUGCCACAAGCUGUACGAGGUGAUGACGAAGCUGGGGGAGCAGCAUUCGGACAAGAUGUUCACCAUCCAGGGAGCUCCAAGUGACUCCGGACCCCUGCGACUCGCCAGGACUCCUUCCCCCCCUGAGGACGAGUCCCCGCCGGGCAGCCCCGAGGUCGCCCCCAACCACUCGUUAAGGCCCACCUCGCCCGGGCCACCCCGGCCCAAGUCGCCCUCGCAGCUUAAAAAGGGCCCCCCGGUGCCACCCCCGCCCAAGGUUACGCCCACCAAGGAACUCCACCAGGAGCAGAUAGUCAGCCUCUUCGACAGCAGCUUCACCCCCGAAGCCACACCCUCACAGAAGGAGGCAGCUGCGGGAUCCCUCCUGGACAUGGAUUUCGACCCGUUCAAGCCCGACGCCACCACCCCCAUCGGGCAGACGCAGUCACCCCUGUCACAGACUCUGCCUUGGGACCUCUGGACGGCACCCGCCGCUGCGUCUUCUCAGCCAGACCAGGCCGGCGGCACCACCUGGAUGGCGGACUUCGGCACCCCCGCCACGGCCUCCGACACAACCGAGAACCAGGCUGACGCCCCCCAGGACCCCUUUGCCGGGCAGGGAGAUGGACAAGGGUGGCCCCCUGCAGACGGGUGGGGGUCUGAGGCGGCACCUGCAGCACCUGAGGAGGAGGUGUCCGACAAUGCCUUUAACGGAUUCUCCCAGCUGGACUCCAGAAAGCCAGUUUCUGCUGGUACUAGCGAGGGUGUAUCCGAUGCUGUGCCUGGGGCGGAGACCCCUGCCCCGGAAACGGAGGUGGGCCCCGAGCCCCAGCCUGACACUGCCCAGGCCGCAGAGAGCCCAGGGGCUGGUGAGGCCAGCCCUCCUGGCGACAAGGCGGCGGACAUCCCAGAGGCAGAGGCGGGAGAGCCCCCGGUGAGUCCGGAGGCUGAGCCCACCGAGAUGCCCCCAGCAGCCCCUGAAGAAAAAGGGUCCCCCAGUGAAGCCGGCCCCGUAUCUGAGGCCCCCGCUGAACCGGCCGCGGAAACUGCUCAAUCUGUGGAGGCGGAGAAAGGAUCCCCCCCCACAGAGACUCCGACUGUAGCCCCUGGAGUUGAGGAUGAAAUCGAUAAAGUUGGUGCUGAAGAUGCUGAGGCUAAGGAGGAGAAGAUGCCCAUCCCCUCCGUGGUGAUCGAGCCAGCUUCCAGCAACGAGGGUGACGACGACCGUGACGGUGACAUCACCUCGCCCUCAGCGACCAGCGACAACAGCGUGACACCGGACGGCCAGGCGGCCAAAGACAUUGGGUCUCCCACAGCCUCGGACAUGCCCCCUGGUUUCCUCUACAAAGUGGAGACUCUGCAUGACUUUGAGGCUGCCAACUCCGACGAGCUGGACUUGAAGAGAGGCGAUGUGGUCCUCGUGAUCCCCACGGCUCUGGCUGAGGACCAGGAUGCUGGAUGGCUCACUGGAAUGAAGGAAUCUGAUUGGCUGCAGCAAGGGGACAAGGCUCCUAAAGGACUCUUCCCAGAGAACUUCAGCCACCGUCUAGAGUAGAUCCCCCCCCUGGGAUCUACUGAACAGCAGAGACAGGGAAGCCAGUGACCUCCAGACCAAAGCAGGCACUGGAAAUGCACCGUGUCUCAUCUUCUGAGAAUGAUACCCCAGUUUGGAGCGACCUGUCUUUUUGCGGUGGAGAGUAAACCCAGCUGAUAACUAAAGGUCUUGGAGAGUCGUAGGUGGGCAACAUGCUACGAAAGCGACACAUCCCAAAUGUAAGACGUGGUUUAUGGCCACAUCUGUAACCACGAGCGAGACGAACGAAACCACAACGUGUUUGCAUAUCUGUGUGCGCCGACAACUUCUCAAGUUCUUUGUUGGCGCAACGGUGACUUCCAUACGUAAUCCUUGUCUGUGAAAAGAGAGUUUACUUCUAAGAGAGAGUUACCUUAUCUUCUUUGCACAAAGUGUUUUUUUUUUUUGCUCUACAGCAUUUUAUCAGCAAUCUGUAGUGAUAGAUCAUAUUUAACUGUUGAAUGUGGUACAGGAGGCUUUUUAAACGUUUGUUUUCAAACAUAAUUGUUAUUGUUCAGAGUCCAUUGUUAGUGUUCACCGUAGAUUCACUGCUAAAUGUGUUAGGCUAAGGUGAUAUUUGGCAUCUUUGGUGUUGAAUUUCUUAAUGGACAAGAUUUCCUGAUCUUUUAUGUUGCUCUUUUGCCAAAAAAAAAAAAAAUAUCUAAAAAUAUGGCAGGACUGACAUAUUGUUUAUGAUAUAAAGUCUGAGAUGAAUAUAAUUCCUGGUUGGUGUGACUUUCCCAAACUGCAUUCCCCAUGUACGCUCUGAUUAUGGCGAAUCGAUAUAUCUUUACCUCAUAUCUACCGAUACUUAUAUACACUAUAGACAAAGGGUGUGCAUUUCAGAGUGUUUAUUGCUGAAUAACAAACUUAUGUCAUGAUAUAUUGGUCAUUUUUUCUGUGAAUCCGAGAUCUCUGGGAAGGUGGAAAAGCAGAUACGCAACUCAUGUAUAAAAUACAAUAUCUACAGUCAGAGAAUUAUAACCAUUAUAUACGCCCAUUAUAACAGCCAUACAGUGAGGACCCACAAAAGAGCUUUUUUUUUGUUAUGUAUAUAUCCGUGUUUAUUUAUCUAAAGUUAAUAAAGAAUAGUUCAUAUUCCUCACCACUACAGCAUUCUAGUUUCAUUACAAGCAAGAUAUGUGCUUGUUCACUCCAUUUUAGCAACAGCCGGCUGCACAUUAAAAUUAAAAAGUAAUUUCAAAGUAGGUUAAACUGCAUAUAAAAGAUUUUGAUUGUU